AUGUCGGCCUGCAAGAGCGUGCCCUUGAUCCGGCCGGUGAUGGCGCCAGAGCCGCAGUUCGUCGUGGUGCAGGAAGGCAUCGACUUCCUCCGUGGUUUGGAGGGCCCUCUGUACGUCGUGUCAGUGGUAGGUGCGAUGCGGCAAGGAAAGAGUUUUGUCCUCGGCCUCCUGGCGGGUGGCCCCGGCAUCUUUCGUUUAGGCCAUCAAACGAAAUCCUGCACGGAGGGGGUGGAUGUCUUCGCUCGCCCUCAUCCCUCCGGACGCGGGCACCUGGUAUUCUUGGAUGUGGAGGGCCAGGGAUCAACCGAUCGGAACGACACAUACGAUGCUGCUCUGACCACCGUCGCCAUGCUGCUGUCGUCCAUGGUGGUCUACAACUGCCUGUCAGUAGGGAAAUCCGACGAUGUGGACAAGCUGGAGCUCUUGAGCGGCUUCAUGCAGAACAUCUUCGAUCGCACGUCUGAGGAGCACGGAGAACGCGAGGCAGCGGGCAGCGACAGGUUCUGUCCCGCAUUGAUGUGGCUGCUGCGCGACUUCUUCUUGGAGAUGGUGGAUGCAAACGGGAGGCCUUGCGAUGCUGACACCUACCUGGAGGAGGUGCUCCUGGCACCGGUGUCCGGGGCGAGCAGAGUGGCCAAGGACAAGAACCGGAAGCUGAACGACAUCAAGCAGGUCCUGCAGAAACGGUGCUUGCGCACCUUGCCCAGGCCUGUCGACGACGAGAACUUCAGGCAGCUCGAGAUUGACGGCUUAGAUGGUCCCGGGGUGCGGCCGGAGUUUCGUCAGCAAGUCACAGGAAUCAUCCAAGAAAUCUUGGAGACGGUGCCGCGCAAGCGCUUCGAUGGCGGGGAGCUCACCGGUGCUGCUUUGGCAGAGUUGGCAGGGCACCUCACGCUGACUCUCAAGGAUGGCGUUCCGGAGGUCGCCUCUGCCUGGCACCAGGUGUGCCUGGCACAGACAAGGAUGGCACUGCAAAGGGCUUCCGAGAGCUUCAAGCAGAGCCUUCGCAUGGCCCAGGAUUCAAUCGAAGCGUCAGGCCGCCAGAAGCGGCACACGGCCUUGAAGCCCCCGAUGUCUUCGCACGUCCUGAAGCAGACACUGCAGGAUGCCACGGCGGCGGCUCGGAGCGCUUAUUUUGCUACGGCCUUUCAGACGGAUGAGGAGCAGGCGCGGUGCCUCAAUGACUCUUUGGCCCAUGCCGCUGCAGAAGCGCACCGAGACAACGAAGAAGUCGCAAGAUCCUUCUGCAGGGACCUCCUUCAUGCCCUUUACGCACCGGUGGAAAGCAGUGUUGACGGCAAGCGCUACAUUUGCGGAGGAGGCUAUAGCCAGUACAUGCAGGAUGCUGAAGGAGUCCAGCAUGAAUAUGCGGAAUGCUGCCAGGACACACUUGUGCCGGAGCAUGUUGUUACAGAGAUUGGGGAGGUUCUGGCGCAGCACAGAAAACAUUCGCAAGAUUUUGCGAGACAGCGAUAA